UAACAAAUAGAAGAAAGAGGUUAUGUUAUUUUCUUGUUAUUAUUUAAACCUUAGAACUAGCAUUUUUUUAUUUUUGCAAUUGAAAUGUUAUGGUAUAAACUUAAUAAGUAUUUAAAUCGUUAUCCUGCGAGAACCUUGUACUCUACGAAAUCUGACACUAUAUUUGCACUGUCUUCUGGUUAUGGAAAAUGUGGAGUAGCUGUAAUUCGAAUAUCUGGUUCAACUUCUGGAACAGCUUUUAAGUUAAUGACUGGCUUGAGUGUAUUACCCAAACCUCGAGUGGCAACUUUGAGAAGCAUUAAACAUCCCGUCAGUGGAGAAACAAUCGACAAGGGUUUAAUUCUGUGGUUUCCAGGUCCAAAAAGUUUUACCGGAGAAGAUAGCUUAGAAUUUCAAGUCCAUGGUGGUAUAGCUGUAAUCAAUUCAGUUUUGAAAGCAUUAGGAACUAUUCGAAAUUUAAGAUUAGCUGAACCUGGAGAAUUUACACGUAGAGCGUUUUUCAAUGGUAAAUUAGAUCUAACUGAAGUAGAAGGCUUAGCAGAUUUAUUGCAAGCUGAAACUGAAGCCCAAAGAAAACAAGCAUUUUUACAGUCUCAAGGGGCUUUGAGCAACCUAUACAACAAAUGGAAACAUAUUUUGAUUCAAUCUGUAGCUCAUAUAGAAGCUCACAUUGAUUUUGAAGAAACUGAAACACUAGAGGUUAAUAUUCUGACUUCUGUAAGGCAAAAUAUUGUAAGUUUAGCUGAAGACAUUGAAAAACAUUUAUUAGAUGGGAGAAAGGGAGAAAUUUUGAGGAAUGGUGUUAGAACAAUUAUUCUGGGCGAACCCAAUGUGGGAAAGAGCAGUCUCUUGAAUUUAUUGUGUCAACGUCCAGCGGCUAUUGUAACUCCUAUUGAAGGUACCACUCGAGAUGUUUUGGAAGUAACCUUAAACAUAGGAGGAUACCCAUUGGUAUUGGCAGAUACUGCUGGAUUGAGAGCAAAUACUUUAGACCUUGUCGAAAAAGAAGGUAUAAAUAGAGCUUUACAACUUUAUGAAAAAUCGGAUUUUGUAAUCUUAGUUUUGGACGCGAAAAAGUAUAGCGAAUGGAAGGAGAAAGCCGCUGAUGGAAAUUUUAAUAGAUAUAUUAUAGAUAACGUACAUAAAUUAAAGUUGAAAAAACUAAUAGAACCAAGAUAUGUUGACAAUAAUGUAGACAUUGUUUUCAAUAAACCUUGUUUAAUAGUAUUAAAUAAGUCUGAUCUUUGGACGGAAAAUAAUAUUGCCAACAAUGAAAACUGUAUAAAAAUAUCGUGCAUUACUGAAAAUGGAAUUGAUGAGUUGAUAGAAGCCGUUACACACAAAUUGAAAGAAUUGUGUGGAGAACCAUCUUCAGAGCAUCCUAGUAUGAAUCAAAUUAGGCAUCGUCAACAUUUGACUAAUUGUUUGAAACAUCUGAAGUUAUUUCUGGCAAAAAAUAAUAGUCAAAAUCACGAUCUUGUACUUAUGGCAGAAUAUUUAAGGAAAGCAUUGAGAUAUUUAGGAAAAUUAGUAGGAAGCGUAACGACGGAUGAUUUAUUAGACGUUAUAUUCAAAGAUUUCUGCAUUGGAAAAUAAAUAUAUACAUUUAAUAUUUGUUUUAUUAGUUGAACGCCCACCGAAAAUAAUCGAUUCUACAAAAGUAAAAAAGUCGUCGCAUGAGAAGAAAGAGGCUAUGAAAAAGCUGAGGAAGAUCUCUGCAAAAAAGAAGGCGCGAAACAAAAAAGGACUGUGAAUGCGGUACUAAUAGAGAAAGGAGACAAGACCUACGCAGACCUUUAACUUAGACUUUUAAAGGAAGAAGUUGAGGCAAAGCAGCUGAGCGGUAUCAAUUCAGUGAGGAAAACUAAAGAUGGAAAUCUGAUACUGAUAAAAUUAAUUAAUUGAUUAAAUUAUAUUUUGCAAACACGAACAAAAAGAAAAACAUGAAAUAUGCGGGCUUAGUCUAGGAGAGAACUAAUGUAGUGAAGUUUGUUCUCAAAAAUAGUAACUUUGUUGAAUGUCGAAUAUAAAAAUUUUCAGUGUUCUUGGAGCCUUGGUAUAUAAUUUUUCAUACAAAUUACUAAGACAAUCAAGAAAAUUAUCUUCAUAAAACACUGCAUUACUCCAUAAACUCCGAACUCAUGAACUAAUUGUCAAUACUUAUUAUUCUUUUUAAACGUUGUAUCCCCUAAGUUUUUAAUUUUUUCAAAUCCCGCAAAAUUUCUAUAAUUUCCGCCAAAACAAUAUCCUCCAUUUCAACAUUUUAAAUCACUUACAGACUGGUUUUUGCGGUUCAAACCACCAUUACAGAAAUUACUAGAUGUUUACAAGAUGUCCAGAUAUUGAUCUUGCUAUUCAUAAUUUUACAAUUUUCAAAAUAAAUUGUCUUUUUGAUUCAUUUUUUCUUUCAAUAGUUCACAUCACAUAAUUUGUUCAUUUAAUACAUAUAAAAUUGAUAUAUAGUCUAAAUAAGUUCAAAUUUAUUCUAAUAAUUAUUAAAUUUCUACGACCUAAGUUUUACAUAUGAACUCUUCUUAUAUUUUUACACAUUGAACAUAACUUAUUUCAAAAAAACACCUUUCUAAUUCUUCCUUUUAAAAUUAUAAAACUAAAAUUUACUAUCAAAAUCGUGACUUUUUAUUUAAGUCCAUUCAAUUCUAUGAUAAUAUUUCUAUCUAGGAAAUAUGAAUUACUUAUUAAUUAUUGAAUAUUUUUAUUAUUUAUAGUUAUUUCUGUAUAAUAUAUGUGGAAAUAAAGUAAAUGCCUAUUAUAUUGUAUAAUGUUAACUAAAUAGAAUUAUUAAAAUAUAAUGUCAUGAUACAUCAUAUACAAAUACAUUUAUAUAUAGGAAAAUACGGUUAAUGAAAGU